AUGGAUGAAUCAGCAGCUACACAGUUUCAUCUAUGGCAAAAUUUUGUGGCCCAUUCGUCGGACGUAAAGGCAGUGGAACCAACAACUCAAGGACAUUUAGCAACGGUCAGCAGGGAUGAAACCGCAAAGAUGUGAGUAUUGAAGUAGGUGUUUUUCUUUCUGUUUUUGAUUUUAGGUUUGAAUGAAAGAUGAUUGGGGAUAAUAUCUUCAGUGUUUGAUGUUUUGAGAGGUUUUAUAAACGAUAUUUGUUAAUAUGAAACUAAGAGUGACAUUAUUUUGUAGGGAGAACGGGUAUGCACAGGAAGCCUUAUUUAAGAAUGGUCAACAUGUCAAUUCGGUAGCGUUUUAUGAAACUGAAAGUGACGGAGAAUUUAUAGUUUGUGGACGUAAGGAUGGGACGAUUGCUUUAUUUUCGCCAACAAGCGCAGAGCCAGUUGCUGUAAUCAAGGCUCACAAUAUGAAUGGUACGGUUGUAUUUUUAAAAGUUUUUGUUACGUAGGGUUUUUAAAAUUAAUGUGAUUUGUUUAGUGUGCGCUCUACGGGUUGACAAUGCGACUGGAAGAUGUAUCAGCGGCAGUUGGGAUGCUAAAGCUGUUGUUACAGACCUCAAGAAGGCUUUGGCGGGUCAGCCUAGCCAAAUUUACUCUCUGAAUGGCCACAAACAUUCUGUAUGGGCGGUGGAAUUUGUCCCACAUCAAACAGAUUGUUUUGUGACUGGAUCCGCCGAUCGUACUAUAAAGCUAUGGCGUGGUAACGAAUGUAUAAAGACGUUGGAAGGACAUCAAGAUGUUGUUCGUUCUGUUAUUGUGCUCUCUAACGGAAACAUCAUUUCAUCGGCAAAUGACAGUACCUUGAAAUUGUGGUCAUUGGACAGUGGGAACUGUCUGAGAGAUUACAUUUCUUAUCGUGGCGAAAUUAUUCAUUCGUAAGUUGAUGUAUUUUGAAGAUUAAUUUCUUUUUUUUCUUUAUUGUUUAUGUUAAAGUGAAAAGUUUUUAAUGAAACUUUGACUAUUUUCAGUAUGGUUUUGAUAAAUCAUCCUUGCGGCCGCUCGUUUGUAGCAACGUGUGGUGAACGUGGAUAUGUUGAGGUUUAUUCAUUGGAAGAUGAGAACUCGACCUUGCGCUUCGUUCAACCGGUUAGAAUACCAGCCGUUUCUUUAUCGACAAUACGAAGCAUGGGAAACGGCGACUUUAUUGUGGGUGCUGCGUAAGUGAAAUUUUUCUUUUGAUUUGUUUUUUAGAUUAAUAACUUCCUUAACAUUUACGUAAAAUUUUUUAUUAUUAUGUUUUCUUUUUUAGUAACGGCUCUCUUUAUGUCUUCUCGACGGAUCCAGAAAGAAAAGCUCCAGAACCAAUAGAAGCUGCAUUUCAAGCGGAAGUUUCGGAGUUCAGGAACCUCCAGUUAGUUGAGACGACAGAAAGUCCAGCGCCAAGCUGA